CUUCUGUUUCCUUGAACAUUUUCCCUUUUGAGGUCCUGGAAGUGGAGGUUUUAACUUGCAAAACAACACAAAAACUGGAAAGAUGGGUGGACUGGGAUCCAUUUCCACACCAAUGUGCAUUCCUUCUCAACUUCUGAACCCCAAUCGAAGAAGCAACUUUCCCAGAAAACGUUCACACCCAUGUCUUUUAUUUCGCAAAUCUCACUCUCUGUCUCUUUCAUCUCAUUUCUCUCCUCAGAACAACAAAGUAACUGAACCCCAUUUCACUUUGAAAGCUUCUGCUUCAUCUUCUUCAGUAGGAGCUGCAGAUUACACUGAGGAACCUGCAACCAAAGUUAAAUUUCAGACAUCCUUAAGUUUGCCUGGUUGCUCAAGUUCAUUGUCUUUGCUUGGAACAGGGUACAGGGAGAAAGUUUUUGCAAUCAUUGGUGUUAAGGUGUAUGCAGCGGGGCUAUAUGUCAAUCAAUCCAUCUUAAGUAAAUUGGAUGCCUGGAAGGGACAGUCAGCUUCACAAAUUCAAGAUGAUUUGUCCUUGUUCAAGUCAAUCUUUGGGGUUCCUCUGGAGAAAUCGUUACAGAUUGUCCUGGUGAGAGAUGUUGAUGGUAAAACUUUCUGGGAUGCUUUGGAUGAAGCCAUCUCCCCUAGAAUUAAGGCACCAACUCCAGUUGAUCAAUCUGCUCUCUCCACAUUUCGUAGUAUUUUCCAAGGACGACCUCUUAAUAAAGGAACUUUCAUCUUUUUGACUUGGCCGGAUCCAUCCAAAAUGCUUGUGGCUGUCUCAUCAGAUGGAAUGCCCACUAGUACUGAUGCUACAAUUGAGUCUGCCAAUGUAGCUUCAGCCCUUUUUGAUGUAUUUUUUGGAGAUGCUCCAGUUUCUCCUUCAUUGAAAACCUCAGUUGCCAAUGGGCUGGCCUCCAUUCUCAAGUAAAUACAAUUGAGUAAGUUUCCACAAGUUUUCAUUUCAU